GUGUGUGUGUGAGUGUGUUUGGUGUUUCAAUGUGUGGCUCAUGAUUUUGUAAUAUUUGUUUUUUCAAUUUUUUUCAAUUAUCAAAAAUUUAAUUUUUUUUCUUCAAGAAUAUUCUGUAUUAUAUUCUUGAAUGAUAUUCAUAUUUGGUUUUGAUGUAAUAUAAAUCCGCCUGAAUAAUAAUAUAAAAAUGGCAUCCGAUGGACAGGAAUUAGAUCUGUAUGCCGAUGAUAUUGGUGAUGAAUUUACACAGGAAUAUAAUGAUAAUGAUCUUUAUGAUGAUGUUCUGACAUCAAAUUCUUCAGCUAAACGUAAUUCAUCCAAUCAAAGAGACCAAAAUAAUUCUUCAGGCAACACUAAUAAUACUAAUGAUGAUGAUGAUGACGAUAAUGAUGGCCAACAACAGAAUAUGAAUGGCACUGGAAAUAAUUCCAAUAACAACAGUAAUAAUUCAAAUUUAAACCAGUCAAAUUCACAAACAAAUAAUUCCGGAACUAAUAAUCAAUCAACAUCAAGUAUUAGUCUACUUGGACAUGGUGGUAAUGAAUCAUCGAAUCAUUAUGGAUCAUCAGGAAGUGGUAAUAGCAGUAGCUCAAUUCGACGGCCAUCUCUUUAUGUUGGUAAUCUAACAUGGUGGACAACCGAUGACGAUGUAAUAAAAAGUUUAAAUAGCAUCAAUGUGAAUGAUGUGAUUGAGGUGAAAUUUUUUGAAAAUCGAGCCAAUGGUCAAUCCAAAGGAUUUUGUACGGUUUAUUUUCAAUCCGAACAAUCUGUUCGUACAGCAUUGGAAAAAAUGAAACAAACUGUCAUCCAUAAUCAAUCACCAAUGGUAACAUUAUGUAAUCGGCAAAAUUUGAAUAAUUUUGAAAUAAAAGCUGGCCGUAAACCUGGUAUGAAUGGACAACCACAAUCGGGUAAUAGUGGUGGAGGUAUUAGUUCUGGUGGUAAUAGCGGUAGUAGUGGGCUUGGUAGCCAACAGCAGCAACAACAACAACAAUCGAAUAGUCAUCAUCAUCAGAAUAAUUUUAUGAUGCAAAAUAAUCGUAAUUAUAAUCAACAGAAUUCGAAUCAAAUGCAUCAACAAUCAUCACAUAGACCACCAUUAAUACCGCGUCCGAUGCGUCCAAAUGCACCAUUAUUGAGUCAUCAUUCGAAUACGGGCGGUGGUUCUGUUGGUGGUGGUCAUUCUCAACCCCGAUUGUCAAUGCCACAUCCAACAUUAUCAUUCGGUAAUACUGGUGGUGGCAUUGUUGGUGGUGGUGGUUCCAAUCAAUCCGGUAAUCAUCAUCAUCAAUCAUCUUGGAAUAAUCAUUUAAUGUCGAAUGGCCCGCGUAAUAAUCCAUUACAAUCGGCUAAUGCGAAUCAAUUGAAUCCAUUGUUACGUUUGAAUCAAGGUAAUCACCGUUCACUUACAAACCAACCAUUAUUGAAUGCACCGAGUAAUCAAUCGUCAUUGGAUCUUCGUUCACAAUUAUCAUCAGCUGGCCUUACUGGUGUACAUGGUCAGAUGACUCCAGUACAAGCUGCAUUGUUUGCAUCACAAUCUGGAUUGAAUCUACCACCGGGAGCAAGUGAUCUAUUCUCGAGUCGAAUAUCAUCAUCAUUAGGUGUUGGAUCAUUUGGCCAGAAUGCUGCUGCAGCUCAUUCAUUGUUUGGUGAUCGUUCAUUAGAUCCAUUGUCUUCUAUAGGUCAUCAUCAUCAUCAUCAUCACCAGAUGAGUGAAGCAGAAUUUGAAGAAAUAUUGAAUAAAAAUAAAAAUCUAUCAAACACGGUUAUUUCACAAGCGGUAUCCGAUGCAGCUUCUGGUGAUUAUUCGUCUGCUAUUGAUAAACUAUCUACAGCCAUAUCGUUGAUUGAAGGUUCACGUGUAUCGAAAGAUGAACGUUGCAAAAUCAUUAUAUCAACAUUACAAGAUACAUUACAAGGUAUCAAACAGAAAGCCUACUCAAGUUGUAGUAGUGGAUCAUCAAGAAAUAAAUCUGAUCAUCGUUUAAUGCGUUCAAGAUCACGUGAUCGAGAUGAUCAUCGUGGUGGUGGCGGAAGUUCAUCACAUCGUAGUAGUGGUGGUGGCGGUAGUGGUAGUAGUAGAGAUCGAGAUCACAAAGAUCGUGGACGAGGUGGUGGCCGUGAUCGUUCACGAUCGCGUGAACGUGAUUAUCGAGAACGAUCACGUGACCGUUAUCAUGACGAUCAUCGAUCACAUUAUGAAGAACGUUAUCGUGAUAAAGAUCGCGAUCGAGACCAUCGUGGUCGACAUUGAUGAAUGAAUCAAAUUAAUUUUUUCUUUGAGAAAAUUGAAUAAAACAAUUUGGAUCACCACUCGAACAGGAUACCAGCAACAACAACAUAAUCAUCUUACCAAUGGAUCAUCCAACUUUAUCAUCAUCAUCAUCUUCAAUUACAACAACAACUUCAUAAUCAUCGUCAUAAUUUUAUUAAUAAUACUAAUCUCUUGGCUGCAUAUGUUUUUUUCGAUUUUAUAUUUGAAUUCCAUAUAUCUAGCAUCUAUGCUUCAUUCUAUUGAUCAUCAUCAACCAACCAACCAACCAAUUAUCAUCUGCAUCGAGAAAACAAAUUAUUUCAUCAUCAUCGUCA